AUGGAUCCACUGCCACCAAAUGACAAUACGGAUUUGCUAACUGCAAUGAUGGCAGGAGCAACUGCUGGUGCAGUACAGUCAGUUGCUACCUACCCGUUUGAAUAUCUGAAAACAUCAACUCAGAUUCAGGAUAAUGCACUCAUGCUUGCCAAACCCGUGUCUCCUUUAAAGCUGCGACCACUGUACACAGGUUGCACGGCUCUUGCAGUAGGAAAUGCUUUGAAAGCAGGUACUAGAAUGUGCCUUUUCAAUUCAUUUUCAUCUUUCAUGGCAGCAGAGAAUGGAACAACUACAGCACCUCGUAUAGUUGUGGCUGGAAUGAUGACGGGCUUUGUAGAAACGCUAUGGGUGAUUCCAUUUGAAAACAUCAAGACGCGAUUGAUUGAAAACUCAUUAUAUAAGGGUGGCAUGAAGAUAAAGAUGGAUGUAAUGACAGAUAGAUUCAGGAGGGGUGUUAAUUCCCCGCUAAAGACUAACAAGAGGGCAUCGACGACCCUGGCACACAGUUUGGAGAAAAAGCCAAUCUCUCACGGUCGAUUACAAGCGUUGAAAUACUUCCAUGAGCAUCCUUCCACAACAUUUACCGGUGCAAUUAAGGAAAUAUACCAGACCCAGGGACUUCGGGGGUUUAAACAGGGCUCAUCAAUAACAAUAUUGAGGCAGUGCCUAAACAGUAUGGUGUGGUACUCCACUUUUAGUUCUCUUCAGCAGUUACUGGACCCAAACAGGGAUUCCACCAGUGAGUUUGGACUAUUCGGUAUGGGUUUUGUAUCCUCACUUGCAGUUGUAGCCACUACUCAACCGUUGGACUUACUCAAGACUCGAAUGCAAACUAAAAACUACCGUCUGUUAUAUCGAGAUGUGAUGAAUUGUGCUUAUCGAAUAUUUAUGAAAGAAGGACUCCGGAAGUUUUGGUGUGGGUGGUUUCCAAGGCUUAUUAAGAUUUCCGUCAGCUCUACAUUAACAUUGGAUUGCUAUGAAAUGUCUGUUAAGGGCAUAAACAAGCUUAAAACGAUGAGACCAUUCGCCGCCGAAUAA